AUGAACUUGACUUCAAUAACCAAUAUUCUAAUUUUAUUUGAUGAAAGCUUGACUGAUAAUUUGGAAGAGGAUCGAAUUUUGAAUAAUUUCGCUAAAAUUUGUUGUAUUUUUGUGGCCCUAACGACAUAUUUUUAUUAUAAACAAUGUAAAAUUAAUCGAAAAUUGAAUAGAUUUGUAAGAGAGCUUUUUUGAAAAUGUAAACCAUCUGAAAUGUCAUAUUUUUAGCCAGCUGUUCAACAAACAUUAACACAUAUAAGUUAUAUCACGAUUUUACCAAGUAUAACUUGUUGCAUGGUUUUUGCACAUUUUAUGAUAAAUAUUUUGUAAGUUCCCGUAAAAUUACAAAGAUUUCUAAUUUUUUUAAGGAAAUCAUUGGACAUAAAUCCUAGUUAUUUUGAAUAUUUUACAAUAUUUUUAUCAUUUGGUGCAGCUGGAUUAAUAAUAAUCUAUCGAUUUUUAAUGCUUCAUUUGUUAGAUGUUUUUAUAAUUGUUCUAACUGCUCAAAGAGUUGUUGUUAUUUAUUUAUCUCCAAAUAAACAAUUUCUUGUGAAACAGUAAGAUUUUUCUAAAAUUUCCAAUAAUUAAAAGUGUCUCAACUUCAGAAAAUAUAUGAACUGGUAUAUUCGAAUAAUUUGGGGAUUCUCAAUAAUUACAACAUUUUUUCAAGUUGUCGGAAUUGAGCUCUGGUCAAAAUUUAUAUCAAAAGUCACAAGUUCAGAUAGAGAAUUGUUAGUGUUAUCAUAUUACUUACAACAUAUUUGUUCAAUUUUCGCAAUUCUUCUAUGCUCAUUUCUCUAUUUUUCAUUGUUUUGGUAUUUAUUCAAACAAAGAUCGGAGAGAUUAUUGAGUCUUCCAGAAACUGCAUUUCUUUAUGAGGGAUUGCCACUUCUAAUAACUAGGGUAAACUAAAAUUUGGAACAAAAACAGGGGAAUAUGGCCAGGUUCGAAUAAUUGCAAUUGAUUUUCAAAAAGAAUAACUUCUUCGAAAAAAAUUAUUCGAGUUUAGAAUUUUUUUCAAAAAUUUCUCAGCUCAAAUUCAACCAAAUCAAAGUCUUUGCAGGUUAUAUUUCUUUCCAAAGUUUUCAAAACCGAUAUCAAAACUGGUGAAUUUAUGAACUAUGAGAUUCGAUUUAUAAUAAUAUCAAAUGCAUUAGUACAAUUCACAUCAGUUUUCAAUUUCAACAGUUUGCGUCAAUUUCAUGGGUGGAUUUUGAAAUUUGUAAUCUUUCAUUCAAAUGUUAUCAGUGUCAGUGAUGUUUCUCAAAGCAGCUGA